AUGGGAGUUGACCUGCUACCACCUGGCCAAGAGCGCCAGCGCCAUGUACAUCCUCCGAUGAAUAUCGCACUGGCGACUCCCCUCUUUGCUCUAGCUGGAGGUUUUCUGAUCCUCUUCGUGGGGCGUCUUGCGAUACGAAUGCGGCACCACUUACGACUCCGUGCGGUUCUCAGGAACGAUGACCAGACGCCGUUUACAAACAGAAAUGGCUUUAUGGCUUGGACGAAUAGACAUGUCUUUUACGCACCGCUCUUCGGGGCCCGACAUAGUCGCGAACUCCGCAUUGGACGCGCCCACAUGGGGACUGUGCCGCUGCGGAUAGAGACGCUAAUUCUUGCACUGUAUAUUGCUAUCAACUUUGCUUUCUUUGUUUGCUUGGUCGACUGGUGGGAGGAUUACCAGGAAAAAUUGUAUCAGGUCAAGUAUGCUGGAGGCCAUUUAGCUGUGAUGAAUACACCUGGGCUGGUGCUGGCCGCUGCCCGGAACAACCCAUUAAUCCCUUUGCUGGGAAUUUCGUUUGAUACUUUCAACCUCUUUCAUCGCUGGGUCGGUCGGGUUAUUGUCGUUGGAGCAAUCAUCCAUAUGUCCGCCGUGAUUGCUGGGCUAAUUGCGGAGCAUGGUUUCGAGACGACUACUCAUAUUAUAUGGGAAGUACCAUUUUUUAUCUGGGGGAUGAUUGCUCUUUUUGGAUUUAUUCUCAUCGCCAUACAAUCCGUCUCUCUACUUCGACAUGCUUUCUACGAAGUCUUCCUUCAUCUCCACGUUGCCCUGGCGGUAAUGUCAUUUGUCGGACUCUGGUACCAUCUUCGCGGUCUCGAGCAGCAAAACGUCGUUCUCGGGACGAUUAUUCUGUGGGGAUUGGAGCGAGUCACACGUGUCGCAAGCCUCGUGUGGCGCAACGUUGGCAAGCAACGCACGGUCGCCGACUUUGAGCUCUUACCAGGGAACGUCAUUCGGGCCACAGUGACCCUUGCGCGAACGGGAGAGUUCAGAGCUGGACAGCACAUGUACCUAUAUGUCCCCUCUGUAGGGUUAUGGACUUCUCAUCCGUUUUCCGUCGCUUGGACCUCCACCGAGGAGGUCAGUGUCGACAGCGACUCGAAUGAAUCGUUCAAGAUGCUACUGGAUAGGAAGCCGCAGACUACGAUUUCGUUUCUGAUUAAAAGAGAAGAUGGGUUUACGCGAGAACUACAGCGCAAAGCGGCCAAUUCCGACACAUGUCAAUUUACAACCACUGUGUUUGCCGAGGGGCCGUAUGGCGGACUCGAAGAUCUCAACAGCUACGGAACGGUAUUACUAAUAGCCAGCGGUGUUGGGAUAACCAACACAAUGUCCUAUUUGUACCAGUUUUUGGAAGGAUUUUCAGCACGGAAAACCGCUGUCCGACGGGUCAACCUCGUCUGGGUUACACGCAGUGUUGAGGACCUCCACUGGAUCGACCCCUGGAUGAAAUCCGUCUUCACGCACCCGGCUAUCGCCACUAAAGAAUCCUUCCAAAACAACCGGCUUGCAGUUUCAGUCCAGGUCUAUGUCACCCGCAAAGAGGCUAGCGAGGCCAGCGUCGGUGACAGCGAGAACCUCUGGGCGUUCAGCGCCCCGUCUGGCGUUUCUGUAAGCGUUGGCUUUGGACGCCCAGGCUUUGCGGUUGUCAUAGAGCGUGAGAUGGAGACGCAGGUAGGCGCCAUGGCCGUGAGCGUGUGCGGGAAUGGAUGUGUAACAGACGAUGUGCGGCAGGCUGUACGGGAGGCGCAGAAAGGGGCCAAGACGAUAAGUCUACACGACGAGGCGUUCUGUUGGUGA